GUGAAAACGCAUCCGCCACAAACGUAAACAAAGAGUCAUUUCUGUUCCACAUUUUUCCGAUUUGCUGGAACAAUUGGUUUAGGCCUUUCUACAAAAAUCCUCAUUAGAAGAAGGAAAACUGAAGCCAAAAUAAUCUCCCAAUUAAGCUGAAGAUGGCAAUGACAUCGCCUAUGGACAGACUACAAGUUCUGGACAACAUAGAAAAGGACAUUGCUACAGUACUACAAUCGGCCGGUCAAGCUCUGAAUGAGCUGAGCAAAGAUAAACCUGCCAAUAAACAAGUUGAAGCCCAUGUGAACCAAUUCAGACAAACCCUGACUAAUGUGGAGACGGAAUUGGCCAAGCAAAUCAAUUACCUGACCCAGGUUUCUACAGGACAGGCACAUGAAGGUUCCUCCUAUAAUUCCCAGAAAACCCUCCAGAUGGCUAUGCACCGACUGGAUCAUGCCAAGACCCGUGUCAAUGAGCUGGAGGCCACAAAGACCAAACACAUGCAGCUAAUGCAGCAACACCAGAUGCAGAGACAGCAGGGCAUGCAACAGCCCCCUCCGUCAAUGUGAUGUCGAUCCAGUUUGUGAUAGAUGUACACCUAAUUUUAUAUGUGUAGAGUAAAGGACUGUCAAAUGUAUUUGAUAUGAUAUUUUUCAUUCUUUUUUUAUAACAAUUAGGGUGAAUUAUAUAGUUUGUCCAUUUUAUGCAAAUGUUAACAUUUAGGAAUAAUAAUAAAGAAUAGAAUAGGAAUAAGAAUA